CUAGCCGACGUCACGACUCACUCACAAGCACGACGACGGGGCACACGAGCUCACGGGUGAUGGCGAACGAGGGCGUCGCGGCCGAGCGGGCGGUCAAGGCCCCUCCACCGGAGACGGAGAGCAUCGUGUGGAGGGAGGACAAGGGGAGGUUCCAGACGCCCGACGGCGAGGCCUUCCUUCAGUACCGCCUCCUCGACGGCCGCGGGGCCCCCGCUGCGGCAGUGAUGGACCUGGUGCACACGUACGUGCCGCGGAGCAAGCGCGGGCAGGGGCUCGCGGCGCGGCUCUGCGACGCUGCCUUCGCCCACGCGCAGGCCCGCGGCAUGCGCGUCCUCCCCACCUGCUCCUACAUCUCCGACACGUACCUGCCUCGGAAUCCGGCGUUGAAGGAGCUCGUGGACAAGGAUCAAGAACCCCAUCCCAAACCCAGCAGCAUGUAGAUGGUUGGUUGUUCAAGAAACCAGCUGCCACUUAAAUAAGCAGAUAUCCAGAAAUACCUGUCACUUGAUGAACGUUUGCUUCUUCGAAGGCGUUGAUGUCAGAUGUUACACGUUGGAUAUCUCGUGCAGUGUUUCAGAACCAUUUGAUUUUGGAGAAGAUAAUAAUAACAAAGCUUGAAAUACA